AUGAAUUAGAAUGAAAAUUAUAGCAUAGCUAGCAUUAAUGAAGAAGAAAUAGAAAAUAAUUUAAAAGACUUAUUGGAAAGAGUUUUAUUAAACAUUGAGAAAUAUAUAGAAACCAAAGAAGAAUUAAAUUAAGUAGAAGCUGAAUUAAAAGACUAUGAAAGUUUAGCUCAUUUAGUUGGAAUUAUUAAAGCUGUUUUUACUAACCUAAUGUUGAAAGUAGAAAAGAAAAUAUCGUAAGUAGUUAAAUUAAUUAUUAACAAGCAAAUUAGAAAAACAAGUAGAUCCAAACCAUUCAAUAACUAAAAGUUUAAGGUCUGAUGAAGAAUAUGAGAAGUUAGAGCAAACAUUAAUCAAAUAUGAAAGCGAAAUUAGAAAUCAUAUAAGAGUAAUAAUUAUUUAUACUAUUAGAUUGAAUAAUAACUUAAAUUAUAUGCUGAGUCUAUAUAAAAUAAAUUAGAUGAGAGUGAAACAAGUAGGGUUGAGCUAUUAGAAACAACCAAAAAAUUAAUAAGCGUAUUGAUUUAUAAAAAUUAUAGAAUUUGAAAAGAGAAAAUUAAACCUACCAUGAAAGUUAAUAGAGAUUAAAUAUAGAAAUUUCAAGCUUAAAAUAAAUAAUAAAUAAUUUAGAAAAAGAGAAUAGAAAGAAAUCUUUAGAUUUGAGUUAAAGAGAUUACUUAAAAACUUGUACAAAAAAAAACCAAUAACCAAUUACUCAAUAAUUAUAAUUGUAAAGUAGAUUAUUUCUAUUAAUUUUAAGAUCAAAGAAAUUAAAAAUCUUAUUCUGAACAUAAAUUAACAACUUAAAUUAAUCAAACAUCCAAUACACUAGAAAGCCAUGAAAUACCAAUUAAAUCACAGUAAUCUUUAAAAUAAAAUUAUUACAAUAUCAUUAAUUAUGUUUAAUAAGGUAAUAAGGCAGAUGUGUUAAAAGUGAUUUAACAAAAAGACUUUAGCAAAAUUUAUGGUUAAAAGUUGAAAAGUAAAAAUAAUUCACUCUCAACAAUUCAUGAUCUUAUUCAAAGUGUUUCAGUGUAAGAUAGAAAAAAAGGAAUCAUUAGUUAACCUGUUUCAAAAAAUAGCUCUUAAAAUAAUAGUUAAAUCUAAAAAUAUAAAGGUAUUAUGGUAAAAUAUUUAGAAACAUGUGAUUAGAGUAGAAGUAAGAGUUCAAGAAGAGCAAACAUAGGCACAAAGCAAAUUUUAAUAGAAUCUCAGAUAAAAUUAACUAACUGA